AGAAGUGCUCGCUUGGAAAGAAACAAAGGCGAUGAUUUGGAGUAUAUUGCUGAGAAGAACAAGUCAGUCUCUUCCGCACCAUGUGCUCCUUCCACAACACCAUCUGGUGAGACUACAGAUGCCUUGAAGAGCAAAGUGGUACUCAAAAAGGAAGUUCCUCUACCUCCUUCUACUUUACCUGAUCCAAUCCCAGCAAGGAUACCGCGUCCAAAAAUUAGCAAAUACGCUGUACCAGAGGAAAGCGCUGAAACACCGGACGAAGAAGAAGAGGCAGCGGAUCGUCUGACCCCAUUACGAAGUGAACUCAGAAGUCUUGGAAGUGAGUCUGACGAAGAUUCAGACGAUUCCGAAGGUAGCUAUGAUACGCAUGAAGAUGGCGUAGAUCAUGAGGAAUCUCCGUACGAAAUUUCAAGCCCCAUGCGUGAAGCUAUGGAAAGUCUCAACUCUCAUCUGAUUCAACCAGGGACAAUAACGCCAGAGACAGCAGACUGGGCCUUGAAGUACGUACAACAUGAAUGGUUGAAAUGUGCAGCACGUAAAAAUAGUCAAGCCGAAGCCGUUGAUGUGUUGAUUGAACAGUUAAGAGAGUUGUCACCUGCACUUCUUAAAGUCGUUGUAAAUAUAACUGAUCAAAAUGGGAACACAGCGCUUCAUUACGCUGUAUCUCACGGAAAUUUCGGAGUGGUUUCGUCA